ACCCACAACCACAGCCUCCACGCCCUUUCAAAACCCCUCUCUCUCUCUCUCUCUCUCUCAGAAUAUCCCAAGAAGAAAAGUACUCUCUUCUUCUACAAACUGGCGAUCGAUCAAGAGCUUACUUUCAAAGAACUAAAACCCAAGAAUCGUCGAAUCAUGGGUGCUGGAGGUCCGGAUGACGAUAACAUGUGGCCGCCAUGGCUACGCCCACUUCUCGAAACCAGCUUCUUCGUUCAAUGCAAAUAUCAUUCGGAUUCUCACAAGACCGAAUGCAAUAUGUAUUGCUUGGAUUGCAUGAAUGGAAGUCUCUGUUCUCUUUGCCUUGGUUAUCAUAGGGAUCAUCGAUCCAUACAGAUACGGAGGUCUUCUUAUCAUGAUGUAAUCAGGGUGUCCGAGAUUCAAAAGGUUCUAGAUAUAACAGGGGUGCAGACCUAUGUUAUAAAUAGCGCGAGGGUGGUUUUCUUGAACGAGCGGCCUCAGCCAAGGCCUGGAAAGGGCGUGACCAACACGUGUGCCGUUUGUGAGAGGAGCCUGCUCGAUUCUUUCACAUUCUGCUCUCUGGGCUGCAAGAUGGCCGGAACAUCAAAUAACUGGAGCAAGAAGAGGAACUGGAACACCAAGAAGAAGCUGGCAUCUGCAUCGAAUUCCGACUCGGAGGAAUCCUACUCAAGCAGCAGCCAUGGGAAGACCGUACAGAGCUUCACCCCUUCAACACCACCACCAACGGUCACCAACUUCAGGACUGCAAAGAGGAGAAAGGGAAUUCCUCAUAGAGCUCCUUUGGGAGGACUUACAUUAGAAUACUAGAAUAGCGAAUAUACACCCAAUACUCAGUGUCUACCUCAACCGCUAGUAAGUAAAAUCAACACACGCGCUUUAUACGUAGAAGGCCGGUGUUGUAAUGUCUGGUGUAUAUACAAGAAAAGAAUAGAAAUAUGAAGGAAAUUAGGGUGGGAAGAAGGAAUGGUAGUGAUAGUAAGUAGAAUACGUGAGUUUUGUCUCAGUUCAAAAUCUAUGUUGGAAAUGUAAAUGUAAAUAUGGAAAUUUCAAAGGGGUAGAAAUGUAAAAAUAAUGUUUAUAUAGGUAUAUGGUAUGAAAUAAGAAAUCCGUCUAUGUGAUCUGUACAGAAUAAAUCUGCUUUUUUGGG